AUGUCAAACCCAAACCGAACUUCAAAGAAUGCCAUGACCCACAUUAAAUGUGUGGUGGUUGGAGAUGGUGCAGUCGGAAAGACUUGCCUUCUCUACGUCUAUGCCAAAGGAAAAUUCUCUGAGGAACACAUUCCUACAGUAUUCGAUAAUUAUUCAGUAAAUUUGAAUGUGGAUGGACAAAGGACAAGCUUAGGUCUAUGGGAUACUGCUGGUCAAGAAGAUUUUGAUCGAAUUCGUCCACUCUCCUAUCCAGGCACAUCGGUCUUCAUUGUUUGUUUUUCUCUUGUAUCUCCAGCAAGCUAUGAAAAUGUUCGACUGAAAUGGUUUCCAGAAGUUUCUAAACAUUGUAAAGCUGCUCCAAUCAUCCUCGUGGGCACACAAAGUGAUUUAAGAGAAGAUGAAGCAACAGUUGAAAAACUGAGAAAUAAGGGUAAACAACCCAUCACUACGGAAAUGGGUGAAAAGUUACAAGCAGAAAUUAAGGCUCUAAAAUAUGUAGAAUGUUCAGCCAAAACUCAGGACAAUGUGAAAAAAGUGUUUGAUGAAGCCAUUCGAGCCUAUUUAACCAAAGCAAAGGAAUCAUCGUCUCCCUCAUCACAGAGAAGUACAUACAAGACAUGUAACUUGUUGUAA